UACAGCGUUGUAUCUUGUAUCCACUCCACUCGAACAUUUCUCAUGGAAUGGCUUUUACUUUCAUUACUUCUCAUUUCUUGGGCACACUCUGCUCUGUGCGCCAUGGAUGGAGUGAAGGGUGGGAAAGUAAAAGGCGUCAACUUGGGUGGAUGGUUGGUUGUUGAAGGAUGGAUGAGACCUUCACUAUUUGAUGGCAUUGGCAAUCGAGAUAUGCUUGACGGAGCAGAGGUUCAGUUAAAAUCUGUGAGCUUAAAUAAGUAUGUAAGUGCUAAGUACGGAGGUGGUGCAGGCGUGUUUGUCGAUCAAGACAAAGCUGAUACUUGGGAAACUUUCAAAUUAUGGAGGGUAGCUGAAUUGGAAUAUCAGUUUCGCGCUGUCAAAGGAAAGUUUUUAUCCUGUGCUGGACAAGGGGCCUCUGUCUUCGCAACAUCAAAAUCACCGUCUUUGAAUGAAACAUUUACUAUUGAAAGAUCAAGCUUUGGUAGAGUUAUUCUUAAACAUUCUAGCGGCAGAUAUCUGCAGGCAUCAUCUAAAAAUGAGCUCAAAGCAGACUAUGUUGGGAAGCCAGGAUUUACUGAUGGUAACGCAGCUAUAUUUAAUAUGACUUUUGUUGGUAACUAUUUGCAAGGAGAGUAUCAGCUAUCCAAUGGGCAUGGACGAAAAAAUGCAACAAAAGUGCUUACUGAACAUCGGAAAAGCUAUAUUACACGAGAAGACUUUCAGUUUCUUAGCCAACAACACGGUAUAAACACCGUCAGGAUUCCUGUAGGGUGGUGGAUUGCCAAAGAUCCCAAUCCACCAGCUCCUUAUGUUGGGGGAAGUUUGGCAACUCUAGAUAAUGCAUUCAAAUGGGCAAAAGAAUUUGGCUUAAAAUGCAUAAUUGACCUUCACGCAGCUCCGGGUUCCCAAAAUGGAAAGGAUCACAGUUCUAGUCGUGAUGGUUCUGUUGACUGGCCAGUAUCAGAUAAUAUUCAGCAAAGCCUUGAUACUAUAGAAUUUCUAGUUUCCAAGUACGGAAACAAUUCAGCUCUAUUGGGGAUUGACCUUUUGAGUGAACCACAUUCUCCUGAUGUUCCUUUCAAUACCUUACAGCAGUAUUACAAUGACGGAUAUAACGUUGUGAGGAAACAUUCAGCUACAGCUUAUGUAAUAAUGUGUCAGUUGAUUAGCGAUAAUGGUGCAAACCCAGACCCUGCAGUGCUUUAUAAGGCCAACACUGGUAAAGGAAAAUCAAACGUUGUGGUGGACUUGCACUACUAUAAUCUCAAUCCUUCGAUAUUCAACAAUAUGAGCCUACAGGAGAAUAUCAAUUACCUAUAUGCUACCAGGAAAACUCAAAUAAAUGCCCUAAACGCUGCUAAUGGGCCAUUGGUGUUUAUUGGGGAAUGGGUGAAUGAAUUUGGAAGAGGCAAGUGGUCUCUGAAGGACUAUCAAAAGUAUGGUAGUGCUCAGUUAGAUGUUUAUGGUUCAGCUUCUUUUGGAUGGGCAUAUUGGUCAUUCAAGAAUGAUGUUGCUAAUAAUUGGUCUUUCAAGUGGAUCAUCGACAACAAUUACCUCCAGUUAACUGCAGUCAGGAAGGCGACACUACAGAAGAUCGUCAUACCUAUUUUCGCUUUGGUGGUAACUAUCAUGUGCGUCUUAGGCAGCAUUUACCUGUUCAAGAGAUACAAGACUAAAAGAGAAGGAUUGAAAGGACUGCAUGGGGUGUUGAAAGAUUUGAUGAAAUCCAAGUCAACCUACAACGACACUCCAGAUAACUCGUUUAAGGAUGGUAAAACAGAAGGAGAAACACAAGAACUGCAAGUAUUUAACUUUGCUUGUUUAUCCAAUGCUACAAACAACUUCUGCUUAAAAAAUAAACUGGGAGAAGGAGGGUUUGGGCCAGUUUAUAAGGGUAAACUGCAAAACGAACAGGAAAUAGCAGUGAAACGACUGUCUAAAAACUCCGGACAGGGGAUAGAAGAGUUCAAGAACGAGGUUGUAUUGAUUUCCAAACUUCAACACCGUAACCUUGUGAGAUUGCUGGGUUGCGGCAUUCAAGGAAAAGAAUACAUGUUAAUUUAUGAAUACAUGCCCAAGGGUAGCCUGGAUGCAUUUUUAUUUGACCCAAGUAAGAAUGCACAACUGGAUUGGGAUAAGCGCUUCAAUAUUGUUGGAGGGAUUGCUCGGGGACUUCUUUACCUUCACCGUGAUUCUCGUUUAAGAGUUAUUCAUAGAGAUCUCAAAGUCAGUAACAUUUUAUUGGAUGAAAACCUGACGCCUAAAAUUUCAGACUUCGGAAUGGCAAGGAUAUUUGGUGGUGACCAAAUUAUUGCUGAAACUAACCGGGUUGUUGGUACAUUUGGUUACAUGUCUCCCGAGUAUAUAAUGGGAGGCAAAUUUUCGGAAAAGUCAGAUGUCUUUAGUUUCGGGGUAUUGAUACUAGAAAUUGUCAGCAGUAAGAGAAAUAACAGCUUUUACAAUCCUGAACAACCUUCAAACCUUCUGCUUCAUACUUGGAAACUUUGGAACGAAGGAAAAUGGUCAGAGGUUGUGGACGAGACUUUGGGUGAUUUAUACUCUCCAUCAGAAGUGAUAAAAUGCAUACAUAUAGGUUUGCUAUGUGUUCAAAAUAGAGCAAUAGACAGGCCAACAAUGGCUGAAGUAGAUAUCAUGCUUACCAGUGAAACUAAUCGUCCAUCUCCGAAAGAACCUCCAUAUACUUUCCCUGCAUCAUCAGAUAAUCCAGAUUCGGGGCCAAACCGAGGCUCAAGUAAUUAUGUUACUAUCACUGCUGUGGAAGGUCGAUAAGAAUCCAUGCAAGAUAUAUUAAUCAACCAUUGGAAAUUCGGAAGAUAUAUAUGUUAUCAACUAGGUAACAAAGUGUUAGGGUUCAAAACAAAAACAUAAACAUAAAAUAAGAACCCUAAGAUAAAAUCUUUUUUUAUGGGGAUUUGCCACCUUUGCUGUGAAGAAACAAUAAAAGAACUUUGUUUUUGUAUUGAUUUUCUAAUUCUCUACAA